AUGGAUCAACAUGACGACUUUGACAGUGUCUCCUGGAAGCACGACCCAGAUAGCGACAUCUCACGACCAACCACCGCAGGCACUGAUGAGGCUGAACCAGAAAUUGAGCACGACACCAAUGGCAAGCGGAGAAUGAGCUCCGCCCAAGAAGAGCCCCAGGCCGGCCCGCUAGCCGACGCCGUCGACCUGGCAGGCAUAGGCGAUGGCGUCCUGGAGUGCCGCGUCGAUUCUCCACUCAAAGAAAAUGACGGGACGAAAGAUGCAUAUAUCUCGUAUCUGGUUACCACACAUACCGACUUCAAAUCAUUCCAAAAGCCGGAUUUUAGUGUUCGCCGACGCUUUACCGACUUCUACUUCCUUUACAAGACGCUCUAUCGCGAAUACCCAGCAUGUGCGGUGCCGCCGCUCCCGGAUAAGCACAAGAUGGAGUACGUGCGGGGAGAUCGGUUUGGGCCGGAGUUCACAACGCGACGAGCCUGGUCGUUGCACCGCUUCUUGAAACGGCUGGCGCUUCACCCGGUGCUUCGACGGGCCCCUCUUCUCACAAUCUUCUUGGAAUCACCUGAUUGGAACGCGCACAUGCGCCUGCACUCAACGCGGGUGUCGACGAAUAACGGGUCGGAUGGCGCGGCGGCUGGGAUCUUUGAUAACUUCACUGAUUCCGUCGUUAAUGCCUUCUCGAAGGUGCACAAACCGGACAGGCGGUUCAUCGAGGUGCGAGAGAAGGCUGAUAAGCUGGACGAAGAUCUAUCGCAUGUCGAGAAAACCGUGGCUCGAGUGGCACGUCGUGAAUCUGAUCUGGAGACGGAUUAUGCCGAGCUUGCAGCGCAAUUCCGCAAGCUGGUCCCCUUAGAGCCUGCCGUCGAGAUGCCACUACAGGUCUUUGCAGCUUCGGUGGAAGAGACCGCGCGCGGCUUGCACAAUCUGAAAGAUCACACCGAUCAAAAUUACCUGGGUGCGCUGCGCGAUAGCGAGUCCUACAUCAUGUCCCUCAAGUCUCUGCUAAAGACCCGGGAGCAAAAACAACUCGAUUUCGAGGCCUUGGUCGACUACCGCAAUAAAGCGGUGGCAGAGCGUGACUCUCUCGCUGCCAACCCAGCUGCUUAUUACGCCUCAAACCCGCUCACCUCAUCCCCAGCAUCAUUCAUCCGGUCGAAAAUGGAAGACAUGCGCGGUGUCGAUCAUGAGCAGUCACGCCGUGAGCGCGUCCGGAAGCUUGAGCUCCGCAUCGAUGAAUUGACCCGCGAAGUGGAGUCUGCGAAGACUACAUCUGAGAUGUUCGACGAAGAGGUCAUCCGCGAAGUCGCAGACUUUGAACGCAUUAAGGCGGUCGAGUUCCGCGAUGGGCUUGGCUCUCUCGCUGAUGCCCACAUUCAGUUCUACCAAGGCGUGCUUUCGACGUGGGAGCGGUUUGUAGCGGAGAUGGAGGGUGAGGGUGAGCCGGGACAUGACUCUGAUGCAGCUGCCAUCGGAGCUGUCUAG